AUGACUAGACCUUGGCAUCGUUCCCCAGUUUCGGCCAAUGUGAAUCCUGGUCGAAGUGGACAAAUACAACCAGGACCUUAUCACAUUGGAUCACCUUCUCCCGAACGACGAGAAAGUUAUGCGGAAGGUGACGUUCGUAUACCCGCCUUAGAGGCUGCCAAUCGACGGUUGCAGGAAGAACUUCGGAUGUCGCAUGAUGAGAAUGAUCGAUUAAAGGAAGAACUAGCACAUUGGGCGAGAUGGGAAGCGGAAAGACGUGAACGCACGGGUACGGCUGGAUCAGCAGAUGAAUUUGGAAGACUCAAUCUCCACAUCCUCCUCUCGAACGAACACAUUCGUAUUCUCACCCCAUCUCUCCCUAUCGUCUAA